AGUCUGCAGAGCCGUGCAGCCUCCCUCCUCAUCCGCUGGGGGUGGGUGGUGUGGCACCGGCUCCUCGAACUGAUCAAUACCUGAAACACCGCGAGGUAUCGUCCCGCUAUUUCCGGUGUCCCAGCGCGACCGGAAAUGAAGGCGUUAAAAAUAUACUCCAGAUAGCGCGCGCCGGUAUUAUAUCCUCUCCGGUACAGGUGCCCUCAAUAGUGACGAAGGGACCGAUCUGCUGGCGAGACGUCUCCCGAUGGAGGAACGUUGCGACCGGGAUGAAUUGUACCGCCAGCUCGCAGCAGCGGGGCUAAAAGAAAACUCAAGUAUAAUGAACUCCUGCGUUUGAUCUAAUUCCUACAUUGGACGCCGCGUCGGAAAGAAGAAGCCGCAGAUACGAUCCUGUCGGAUCGAAGAGGAAAAAAAGAAAACGGCAGAGAAAGAUCGUAAUGCGACGACAGCGUCGCGAGGGGAGUAGGAGAAAAUAUCCGCAUGGGUCAGCCGAGAGGGGCUUAGACCGCGGAGAUGCCCGCUUCAAUAUCGGCUUUCGGGAUACUUGAGAUAUUUAUCUAAUGUCUUACAUUUUCCGCGGCACUGCCCAUUCAGAUUUCCAUUCAUGUCUCCUCCGCGGAAAACCCGUUUCUCCGGAUCUCUGACGGAGCGCUUCGACCUACGUCAGAGCUCGUUAAAGUACCCACGUUUCAAUAAUUUAGCGACGCUAAUAACGAAUAGUAAAAAAAUUGAUAAUAUAAAGUUUUCGAACAAGUCGCGGACGCGCGAUAGAAGUUUGAUCGGGAUUUACAGCGUCUUUCAAUCGAUUAAUAAUCGUAUAUUAAACGCGACAUGAUUAAUAUUAAACUGCCAUUGAAAUUAUUGAUUGAAUAAAUACAUGUAAAACGUAGGUCUAAAGUGAUAAAUGAAGCGGCUCUCGGCAAGGCUGAGUUGUCGGCACGUCGAAGCAAAAUAGACUAGUAUCUCGGAUGUCGUGCACCAUGCUGCGUACACGCACGAACCACCACGUAAUUGCAGGUGCAUUCACCACUUCUAUCUCUGUCCGAUAUUCCUCUAUUUUUUCGUUCCUUUUGCACAGAAUAACGCGCUCGACACCUCGACACAGCGGUCUGGUUAUCUUACGGAGAUAUCGUGCGACGUACCCUGCGUUACUUAUCAAAGAUAACUACUAGCUCAGUGCUCUUAGCACGGUUCGGAGAACCGGUACGCGCUCGGUCAUCGAUUCACGGCGAGAGCAUUUUUGGCGAACGACCUUAUUCGUCUCGUAGACGCCUUGGACGUACGUAACAAACUGAUUUCGACCGUUGACGAUGCGCCAUCGGAUAUCCGUAAAUAUCAUCCCGAUAACGGCGGCGAAUUGAAUUGGAGAGAAUGUGGGCUACGCGCGAUUAUUCGACCUGACUCGUCUCGGUGAUGCGAAAGAAACAUGGAGGAACGAUCAAUGAGACAUCGCGACGUGUUUCUUCUGUCGCUGAUCACGUGGCUGACAAUUCUGCCGAUAGUGAGGUGUCAAAGCGUUUGUCCUGCUAGGUGUCUGUGUCGCCUCGGCCAAUUACCCCGCACCGUUCAGUGUUCGAAGCAAGGGUUACAGACAUUUCCCGAAAACAUCAGUGAUUUGGUUCAGUACCUGGAUCUGUCGAGCAACUUUUUAACGGAGAUCACCGUCGAAAUUAAUCGGUUGAUGGAGUUAGAGUACCUGAAUUUGGCCAAGAAUAGGCUCAGUUCCCUGCCAAAUAAUCUUGAAGAAUUAAGAAAUCUUCGUAAACUAGAUCUAUCAGACAAUAUUAUCGUAAAUACGGCAGCUAUUGCUUCCAUUAGCCAGCUACCGUCCCUGGAAGUUCUACACAUCUCAAGGAAUCUAUUACCUGACUUGAAAGGGCUAACCAGCGAAGUGCUUCAGGCAGUAGAUGCCGGUCAUUGCCUUAUAAAAGAACUCAGUAACACAUCCUUGAGUGGGCUGCCGGAGCUGAUCAAUCUGAAACUCGCGGGAAAUCCGCUGAAGAGUAUUCAAUCGCCUGUCAGUAAGACACUGCGAUGGUUGGAUAUGUCUAACUGCUUUCUAAAUUAUCUCUAUCCGGACACUUUUAGCGGAUUUCCGGCACUGGAGGAGCUACGAUUAGUCAAUAAUCCUACAUUAGUGUACAGUACUCGAUAUGCAACUUUACAACACUCAAAGCUGAAGAAACUGGACGUGUCGAGAUGCGGCCUUGACCGACCCGGUCUUCAUGGUCUUCCGUCGUUGACACAUGCCCGUCUUUCUCACAAUGCAAUUCAUUUACUGCCAGAUCGCAUUUUCGCUAAAAACAAGCAGUUGACGAACUUGUAUCUGAAUGCAAACAAUUUGGAGCGACUGAAUGCCAGCACGUUCGAAGGUCUGGUGAAGCUUCAGUUGCUGGAUCUGUCCGCGAACGGUUUCGAAGAAAUUCACACACUGGCGUUCCAGGAUAACAUCGAACUCAAGUUCUUGAAUCUUUCUUACAACUCAUUGCACCGAUUCCCGGAUCUGGUGUCUGUCGCGUCAACCCUGGACCUGUCCUUCAAUCUAAUCAGUCACUUCAGAGCAAACUCUCUGGAGGGGAUGCCCAUUAUCAGAAACCUGAAUUUGAAGGACAAUCAUCUGCAAUCGUUACCGCGCCGCUUAAAUUCGAGGACGUUAAGAGUACUGGAUGUACAGAGGAACAGGCUCGUCGAGCUGCACAACGAUAGCUUCAUUGAAUGUCCGUCGUUGCAAAGGCUCGACUUGUCAGGAAAUCGCUUGACGGAGGCGAUGAAUUCUGAUAUAUUUCGAAACAAUCCAGAUUUGGCGAUGAUCCGUUUAGAGGAUAAUCCAUGGAGAUGCGACUGUAUACAGAUCUACUUCACCUUUAAUUACUUAACGAAUCCUCCCCCCAAAACUAUGGGAUCGACUUUGAUUUGUCAAAGUCCGGCGAACGUGUCUGGCUAUUCGUGGGAAGCCGCAUGUUUUACUGAGUGGAACAUUGACUUAUAUCAGAGCAAAGACAGAACUUGGGGGAUGGUAAUGAUCAGUUUGCUCAUUCUGGUCGUUCUCUGUGGUAGCAUAGUGUCGAUCAAGCACACUCUGAAGAUAAAGAGAAGAGUCAUCGAGCAAAGGCGGGAAAUGGAAUUAGCAGAAGAGCGAGAAAGAUUACGACUUUUGCACAGAAGGAAUCAACGUAUAGAACAAGAAGUAUUUGAUACUCCAGAGGAAAUCAGACUCAAUCCUAUAGAAUUAAUCGGUCCACCUAGCUACGAAGAAGCGGUUCAGAUGUCCAGACUGGCUCACUCCAUGGAUGCUUUAAACGAAAUCUCCAUCGAAAAUGGUACCUUGCGCGCCAUAAAUUCCGUGGAUAAUCUACGGACUAAGAAGAGAAGAGCGAGGAGACCUCGAAAACGGACUCAGAGCGAGGAUGAUCUGCUGAGACGGGAAGAGCGCCGGCAGGAACGAAUUAGAAGAGAGAGGAAUAAUUCCAGCGGCAACAUAUGCGAGAUGGAUCAACCGCACAAUACGAAUCCCAGGAAUCCUAAGACUACCUCAACGCGUAGAGCCAGGAGGCACAGCGCCGUGGACGAGGCCAUUGAGUCCAGCAGUAGCAAGGACAGGCCAAGGCCGCAGACCCCUACCUCAAGGAGAAGAAAAAGAAGACAGAUAUUCAGAGACGAGUAUGUGACCGACGACGAAGAUUCUGAUGUCCAGGUAAUGAGCUCCAACCGAUCCAUUCCAGUCAUCAAGGAACUUAAACGAGAGCCCAGGGGUGGCUAUAAAGAAUCAUUCGUAGAACGCGAGACUUAAACUAUUCUUCGUUUGUGAAUUAUUUCAAAAUUUAUACAUAUUAUAAAUAUUUUUACUUUAAUAAAUAAAAUAUAGGAAAUUUAAUAAACAAAAUAUAGAAAAACAGAGAGAAAUGUAGAUUUAUAGUAUUCUCAUUGCGCCUAUGGGACGCGCGAUUAAUAUAAACGUCGCACGUUUUGCGCAAAACGUGGCUGUCUAUUUUUAAAACUACAAAAGUCGUCGUCAAAUGGUGCAAUCUAAAUCAACGCUAAAUCAACAGGGUGGGUACGAAUCCGUGAUAACACACGUCAGUUUGCGCGAUAAUAUUACGGCGGUUUUAUCUUGUCAAACCGGUUUUUUCUCCCGGUGUUAAAUACACACACGUUGCCCAAGGAAGAUUAGUAAUCGAGGAAAUGACAAAUGAGACGGCGAGCCAAUAGUAAAAGGUUUACACUGAAGAAGAGCAAAAGUACAAGCGUCUUCUUGGAAUAUUGUCUCCUCUGUCGAGAGUCUAACUAUAAUAACGUCACAGAUUACCGGUUUGAAUGUAGCAAAGACGCCGAUCUUAAAUUACAGUAAUUUCUCGUCAAUCAGAAAAAAAUCAAAAUUAUAGCUAUAAACUAAGCGCCUAUAAUAUUAAUGUACUAUUUGUGACGGUAAGAGAGGCGGUGAACAGCGAUACAUAUCGAUUAUAAAUAAUUAAAUCAUUAAAUAUCUAGUGUGUACCCAAUAAUUCAUUACACUGCAAGAGGCGUUUCACUUGCGCUUCUAUCGGCUGCGUGUGUGACAUUGAAAAGAUUUUUUUCUAUUUAAAGGAAAAUUAUUUAUGACUUGUAAAUUUUUAUUUAAAUUCUCACGUUCUAGAUUUAUAAAGCAACAUAUUAAAUUUACAUUUUAUACGCACAAAAUAUUGAGACAAAAAAUGACAAUAUAUGUUUUGUAUAACAGUGAUUGAGAUAAGACCGCAAUUUAGAUAAUACAAUUAAAAUUGAGGAAAAAAAAAUCAAUGAUUAUAGCAGAAUUUUUAUGCUCAAAUAAUAAUUCUUAUGUAAUUUUAUACACAUUUUCUGAUGUAUUCGUUUCUUUCGGUCUUGAAAACACACCUCUUAAAUUGAAUCAGAAAAAUAAUAUCGUAAGUAUUAAUAAUCAAUUUAAUAAUAUUAAUGUCUACAAGCGUGUAAAAGAUUCCCCCUUUUGGAAGAUUAUAUAUUUUACAUUUGUUACUUUACUUUUUUCUCGAAUAUUACGACACAACUUGUCUUAUUUUUUUUUUUUUUUAAGCGCGGGAUGUCGUCGAAUAAUUAUGUAACAAAUAUAUAAAAGAAUCACGCGCAAUGUUGGUGACGCGUUCGAGAGUAACAAAGUGAGGUCGAAGAUUAGCCGUGACGCAUGAUUAAAACAAAUGAUGAUAUCAACAAAAUAACACUCUCUUUUAUUGACCAAAGGCUGAACAUAUAAAUAAAGUCUUACAAUCUUCACUGAUCUCCUUACUUUAUCGCUAAGUUAAAUCCGACGAUGCGUUAUCGUUGGGACAAGUUUCGAUCUAACGGGAGGUUCGCGCUAUUUUAAAAUUAAAUUUAUAUAUACGUCGUAACAGCAUUCGACACUUUUUGACUUAAAGAAUUGUACGUAAAGAAAUAAUAAUCGUAUGGAUAAUAUGGAUAACACAUUGCGGCGCUUUGUUACGCCGCGCGCAACUACAUGACGCGUCCAUUUAAACCGAUAUUCACGCGAUGGAGUGCCGUCACACGCAUACUCGAAAUCUGUCCGCCUCUUAACUUGCGCGAUGCGCAACGAAUAAAUACGUUAAUGCAUAAUGAAGAUGCGGAGUCCCUGUCUUUCUGAAACGCGCACGCCUCUAAGGUCGCGAGGGGAUCUCCUGUCGUUCGCUACAAAAGGAAUAACAUGAUAACAGAACAUUACGUAUAUAUUUUCUCUGACGUGAAUAGUUCUACAGCACUAGCAGUAUUAGUCAAAUCGUUCAUCAAGCGUUCGCACUCCAUAGCUACAACCUCUUUGUCUCAAAGACCAUUAUUCAUAAUUAGCAAACUUUACCUCUCAUUGAAUUACAAAUUCUUUGAGUUCAAGCCGCGAUCGGACGUGCCGUACGUAAAACGCCGCGCUAAAAACUACGAGGUACGCGUUGGCAAACAAUCUGAUUCGAUCGAAGGACGGCGUAAGGCCGGCGCGCGUUACGGUGUAACAUUUAAAUCUUCGAUGCGUAGAAAAA